AUGUUACGUGCAGCUCAGGGGUCUGUGAGCUCUGUGGUCAUGGGCAGCAUUAAGCAGCUGCCUCUGCUGCUGCGUCUGGUGCCCUCUCUCCCCACCCCGCCGUGCCCCGAGGCCACUGUGCCCGCCUCGGACGUGCCGGCUCUGUUCCGUGAGCCCUACAUCCUGUCGGGCUACCGGCCGGUGGGCCAGCCGUGGCCCUGUUACGUCCUCAGCCUCUUCCAGUGUCACAACGAGUCUCUGAACGUGUGGACGCACCUGCUGGCGUCGGGGGCCGUGCUGCUGCGUUUUGCGCUGUUCGCCAGCGGUGCCGGGCGCGAGGCCGUCACGCUGCCUCUUUGCCUCUACGCCGCGUCGGCCCUGACCUACCUGUCCUGCAGCGCCACCGCACACCUGCUGCAGUCCCACUCCGAGCUGGCCCACUACUCCCUAUUCUUCCUAGACUACAUGGGCGUGGGCGCAUACCAGUACGGCUGCGCCCUGGCCCACUACUUCCACUGCUCCGAGGAAGCGUGGAAGCGGGGCCCCCUGGGGCCACUUCUCCUGCCCCUUGUCUUCCUGUUCAGCUGGAUGUCGUGUGCCAGCUGCUGCUUCGCAAAGCUCCGCUACCGCCGGCCCUACCCGUUCCGCAGGAAGCUCUUCCAGAUUGUGCCCACCGGUCUGUCCUACAUCCUGGUCAUCAGCCCCGUGGUACACCGUCUGGCCAGCCAGCCCUGGACCCAGCCGGCGCUGCUGCUCCAUGCCCUGCACAUGGCCUUCUUCCUGCAGGCUGCCUUCUUCUUCGCCUGGCCUGUGCUCGAGCGCUUAUUCCCAGGGAGGUGUGACAUCGUGGGCCAGGCCCACCAGAUCUUCCAUGUCUUCAUGAUCCUGUGCACCAUGUGCCAAUUGGAGGCAGUGUGUACGGACGUCCUGCAGCAGCGUGGCGCGGCGCUGCCUGUGCACGAGCACCAGAGCUCCAUGCUUGCAGGAGGAUCUUUCUUUGCGCUGGUGCUGUGUUGUGCUCUGACGGCAGCCCUGAUGAGUAGGAGAGUCCAAAGACAGCUGCAGAAGGAAGAGUAA